UUCUUGCAAACGGUUAGAUUUAGAAGCAAUGAACACAAUCAGUUUCACAGUCAUGAUGGCUUUAGUCCUUAUUGGAUUAUUUGCCAUGCAGAGUGAUGCAGGCCACGAUUAUUAUCCAGGAUAUGAUAUACCAUACAACAAUGGUUACCAUGGUUAUAACGGAUACACAGGAUAUCACGGAAGUUAUGGCUGGAAUAAAGGCUGGAGUAACGGGCCAUGGGGAGGACCAUACGGAAACAAAGACUACCUCUAUUAG